UUCAGGCAGUCCCAACCUGAGCUUCAAGCACAUGGAAUCUUUCAGGAAGUCUUGGACCGUCUAAACGCGUAAUAUUAAUUUUUGUUUUAUAACGAGCCCCCCGGCUCUAACUUUAGUUCUGUUAUCAUCGGGACUACACUUUUUGGACGGUAUUAACGCGGUUGGAGAGCCAUUCCUGUACUUUUUGCUCGCUCCUAUAUCCUGUAUUCCUUCCCCGAGAUUGGCGCAGUGGUAUAGAAGUGACGCUUUGAAUUUCGGCGAAUUUUUUUUUUUUUUUUUUUUUUUUUUGCUCCAGACUAUCCAGACACUGCUUGGAUGAUCUAGACUCCGGGUGGAGCAAGACAAAUUAAAACGCUUGCACGGAACCUCCACCAGCUAUGCUUUUCCACGGGAUCUCCGGGGAUCAUAUUCAAGGGAUCAUGGAGGAGAUGGAAAGGCGAUCCAAAACAGAGUCUCGUCUGGUCAAAGGCGUCCAUAUCAACGGAAGGGAAACGACCCUGCCCACAAUGAGGCCGGAGAAGCCCGCGUUGUGCGCGGGAUGUGGCGGUAAAAUCUCCGAUAGGUAUUAUUUGCUGGCCGUCGAUAAACAGUGGCAUUUGCGGUGCCUGAAGUGCUGCGAAUGCAAGCUUGCCCUGGAAUCGGAGCUCACGUGUUUCGCAAAGGAUGGUAGCAUUUACUGCAAAGAAGAUUAUUACAGAAGGUUCUCCGUGCAACGCUGUGCCCGCUGCCACCUCGGCAUCUCGGCCUCGGAGAUGGUGAUGCGUGCCAGGGACUCGGUGUACCACUUGAGCUGCUUCACUUGCACCACCUGCAGCAAGACCCUGACCACGGGCGAUCACUUCGGCAUGAAAGACAACCUGGUGUACUGCAGGGUCCACUUCGAAACCAUUCUGCAGGGAGAGUACCACCCUCAGUUAAACUACACCGAGCUAGCAGUUAAAGGAGGCGGAUUGGCGUUGCCGUACUUUAACGGUACGAGCACCGUCCAGAAAGGAAGGCCGCGGAAACGGAAGAGUCCGGCUAUGGGUGUAGACAUUGCGACUUACAAUGCAGGCUGUAACGAGAACGACGGCGACCACCUGGGCCGCGACCAGCAGUCUUACCCGCCGUCCCAGAAGACCAAGCGCAUGCGUACGUCAUUCAAACACAACCAGCUCCGCACCAUGAAGUCCUACUUCGCCAUCAACCACAACCCGGACGCAAAAGACCUGAAACAGCUUGCCCAAAAAACCGGGCUCACGAAAAGAGUCCUGCAGGGAGAACAAAUCUUGGGGUAUUUCAGCCACUCCUCCCGACGUUUGAAAAUUCCCUAAAGUAUUAAAAGAAGGAAAACUUUGAUCGGAAUUCCUCACCGUUGAAGACAAAGACAAUUAGGAUAAAAUUUUUACAAAAUUACAAAAAAAUAACAAUCUAACAAAAAAUGUAAAAAUCGACCAUAAAAAUAUUUCCUGAAUGUCUGAGCCCAUCACCUGAGGAGAAGCCAGUGUAUUUUUUUUUAAGCUGUCAUUGUCAGACAAGAUUUGUACUGGAAUGAAGUUUUCGCCAUUAAAAAAAAAAGCUUGUACAUAUUCAUAAAUAUAUAUCAGAGCAACCUGGCAGCAAGUAGAAGGGGCAACUGCAUGAAAUAAAGGAAACAGACAAUAAAAUAACGUUCAGUAAUAAUACCCUGUUGCAAAACACUUGUACAAAGGCACAUGUACUACAGCAUCAGUGUGAUGCUUUUUUUUUUUUGUUACAAAUUUGAUUCUGAGUAUCAUGUGAUUUACCGUGAAACCCAGAACAGCAGAGCUGCCAUGACACGCGGGCUAAGCUCAGAGACGGACAGGCUUUGCCGUCUGCCUGUGCCAAAAGAAAGAGAAGUAAAAGAUAAGGAAGAAUCAAAUUUUGCAUGCACUUUUCCACUUUGUUGACAUUUCCUAAUAUGUACGGGAGAUAUUUUGUUUGAUGCAUCCGUUUUUGUUGUCGACAGUAAUAAACAGCUAUCUGGAAUUGCUUUCUUGAUGCUGUUGUGGCAUGACAUUGCGGGUGUCAUUAGGGCCCGAAGGUUUCGCUGAUUGCAUUUGAUUUUUUUAAUGAAGUCGUUUUGCUUUGAUAGUCACCUGCUUCCUUAUUGGAAGGACAGCGUGCUAUCCUGGCUGAAGAAUGUGUACAGUUGAAAAUGUAAUGAGGAAUGGCGUUAUGUAUGGACUCACUGCACCAAGCUGUUACUUGACUGAAUACAGGAUGCACAAUAGUCUUAAAAUGUUGUUAACCUAUGUGCAUGAAUGACGUAACCUACUUCUAAAAAGCCACUAGGUCUGUACACAACCUAAGUAAUGCCUGCCUUUACCAGAGUGAUCAGUAGUUACCUACUGUCUUUGGUGACACUUAGGAAUAUCGCCAACACUCUGAUCCCCUAAGACAUAGACCAGGGCUAUUCACCUCUGGCCCUCGAUUCCAAAAUCCAGGCCUUGUUUUCAGUUCUCCCAAGUAGUUAGUUUACUCAUUACUGAUUCUGAUUGGCCAGAGGCUUUACACCUGACUCACAGAUGAAGGAAGGCUGGAAAAUCGGCAGGGCUCGAACCUUGAGCUGCAUACCUUCGACAUAGACAUACCAGAAUCGCCGACUUUAUAGAAUCCAACAAUAACGGCACAUUUUAUUGGGCAACCCAAUGCCGCUUAAAUGCAGGACAAUCCCCUAGCUAACAUGGGAAAGAAUGAUGCCCGUUGUGGACGUCUAGGCAUUUGGAGGUGGUAUUGCCUCUAAGUGGUUAGCAUUGCGGCCUCACAGGUCCAGGGUUUGAUGUUCAAAUCCUACCCCUGGUUGUGGGCUUUCCCCGAGUGCUCCGGUGUCCUUCCAUAGUCCAAAAGCUUGCAGCUAGGUGUAUCUAAAUUGCCUAUAGUGUGCCUGUGUACACCACAAUGGACUUGCAUCCCAUCUAGGGUAUUUUCAGCCCUGUUCCCUGUCUUCCCUGGGAUAGACUCCAAGUGUGUCUGAACUGGAUAAGAGGCUGAAAGUUAUAUGGAUCAUUCUGCUUCUGGUCUGCCUGUACUGCCCAGAGUUUGCCAGAUUUAAUUUCCGUUAAUGCCUCUGGUGCUGAUUCCGGCUACUCACAUAGAAUAUAAAAGUUUGACUGGCCAUUCAGUCUUUAACGUUAUGAGUAACAAGGCUAGGAGUUUAGGUGUGAAACAGUUAGGAAUAUUAUGUGCCACUGAAUUCUAAAUCUGUCUGUAAAAGAAACUUCUGCCAUAUUAGAUAGGUGGAGGACUCCCUCGCACUCCCUAACCAUUGCAUGUAGUCGUGGGAGGAAAUCGGGGUACAGAAAGGAAACCCACAAGUAUCCGUGGAACACACUCAGAAAGGCACAGGCGCUGAGCUGGGAGCAGAUUCAAACCCACAGGUAUCCGUGGAACACACUCAGAAAGGCACAGGCGCUGAGCUGGGAGCAGAUUCAAACCCACAGCCCAGGAGAUGUGAGGUGACAGAGCUACUCACUAAAACACCCCCACAUCAAAACAACAGGGAUAUCUCUAUUAGCACAUCAGCUGGCUUUCAAGCACACAAGGAAUUCGCAAUCAGAUUAAUUAAACACAAUUUGUGGAAAGGGGAAUAAAGUUUUAACUAUAUAACUGAACGAGCUGACCUGUUAUUACUCAGAAUCCGUGUGAAGCUGUAACCCGACGUAGUUUUCAGAGUCUCGCUUGAAAUUUCUAAUAGCAACUUAGCAAAGUCAAAAGGCUGAGAGGUUUAG